UGGGAGUGUACCUAUCAGGCCGGGAUUAUAUCCAUGAGUUGAUGUUGCUGCGUUUUUGGACCUAUAAAACGUUGUUAUUGAUCAAUUGUCUUCAACAACAAUGAGAUAUAAUCUGUAAAACCUUGACUGCAAUAUAUGAAGUGCCGAGCACCGACGACUCCUUCUCUUUCUCGCUCUCUCUGCAUGCAAGCUGUAAGUGGGUGACAUGGCAACAGGAGGCACUCCUUUUGAUGACGGUGCAGAAGAGCUGCAAGAGUGGACUAUAACCAAUGGCAGUCUGGAAGACAGACUCAACAACCUGGACUGGGGUGUUCAGCAGAAGAAAGCUAACCGAUCAUCAGAGAAAAACAAGAAGAAGCUGUCAGCUGCGGUGGUGGAAAGCCGCCUGACUAAUGACAUUUCGCCAGAAUCCACCCCUGGGGCGGGUCGCAGGAGAGCACGCACCCCUCAUUCCUUUCCCCACUUCAAAUACUCCACCCAGAUGUCUGUCCCAGACCAGGCUGAGCUAGACAAGCUGCGUCAGAGAAUCAAUUUUACAGACCUGGAUGAGAGGAGCAUUGGCAGUGACUCCCAGGGGCGUGCCACUGCUGCCAACAACCAGAGGCAGCUAGCUGGAGAGAACAAAAAGCCCUACAAUUUCGUACCUCUGCAUGUGAACACUAACAAAAGCAAGGAGCUGCUCCAUCCCUCCUCCUCUGCCCCAGCCACACCAGCUAUCACCAAGGAAACCAAGAAGCAGGGCCCAGGACUCAGGGAUACUUUAACCCCUCUGGUCCCCAGCAAGGAAGUGCAAAGGUUCAGCCGUGGCAGCACAGAGAGGGGGCCCUUAGCACACAGAGAGUAUGGAAGAGGAGAGCCGAGACUAGACAGCAGCCAGGUGGUGAGCAAACUGGUACAGAUCCGGGAGUACAUCAGUAAGGCCAGCUCCAUGCGGGACGACCUGGUGGAGAAGAACGAUGUGCCGGCCAAUGUGGAGCGACUCUCCCAUCUCAUCGACCACCUCAAGGAGCAGGAAAAGUCAUAUUUACGGUUUCUGCAGAAAAUGCUGACACGGGAGAAUGAUGAGGAUGAGGUGGGGACCCUGGACUCCGCGGUGGGCUCAGGUUCACUUGCUGAGAGCACUUCUCUUAACAUUGAGGUCCGAUCCUCAGACGCUUCAAAUGCAACGGGCGGACGGCCAGAAAUGGUGCGAGCUGACCAGAAGGAAGAGUUGGAGAAUCUGCGUAAGCAGCACGAGCUGCUGAAGAAGAUGCUGGAGCAGCAGGAGCAGCUCAGGGCCCUGCAGGGCCGACAGGAAGCACUAAUGGCCAUGCAGGACAGUGCAGAGCAGGCACUGGCUGUGAUUGAAGACACUGGUGAGAUACACGUUGUCACAGAAACGACAGGCAGUGUUUCAGGCCUGAGCAUCACAUCAGAACUGAAUGACGAGUUGAACGAUUUGAUCCAGCGGUUCCACAACCAGCUGCAUGAUUCUCAGACUAAAGCAGUGCCUGACAACCGUCGGCAGGCAGAGAGCCUUUCCCUCUCCAGAGAGGUGUGCUGGUCCAGGGCUCCCCAGGCUGUUGGUCCACCUCAACACAGGCCUCUCCUCCACUCUGCCUCUGGCCCCCACACUGGCCUAGACAUGGGGGCAACAGCUGCCAGUGCCAAACUCACUAAGCUCCAAGAACUCCAAGACAAAAAGCAAACCAUGGACAAGAUCCUACAGGAGCUGCAUUCACUCAGAGACCAGACACUCAACAACAACUCAUGUCGUGGCCUGUCAACACAGUGCAGUCUGACUGUGGGAGCGUCAUCAGACUGUCCAUCUGCUCUCUGCGCCAAUGGGGCCUCAGUUUCCAUUCCCUUUCAUCCUGCACUCACACAACACCACGAUGGCUCCAAUUCCACAGACAAGCUCAGGAAGCUAAAGGAGGUCCACAAGCGUUUGAAUGAACUGCGGGAACUGGUUCAGUACUACGAGCAGACGUCUGAUAUGAUGGUGGAUGCAGUCAAUGAGAAUGUGAAAGAGGAUGAUGAUGAGGAAGAGGAGGAGGAAGAUGAGACAGAGGACAGUUCAAUGUUUGAUGCCAUAUUUGACUCUGAGCAGGAGAACCGCCAGGCUGUAACCAACAUCAGGAACCCACAGCGCAGCGGGAACUGGACAGACUUGAACAGCCUGACCAACAGGCGCGGUGUGAGGGGCGGCGCCACUAACAACCGUGACGGGAGACUCAACACCGAGUGUGAGAUCAACAACCGCUCAGCUGCCAACCUCCGCAGCCUCAACAUCCCAUCAACCAUAGAGUGCCAGUACAAUAGGGACACCCCCUAUAAUCAGGUGAAGGAUGAGGAUGAGGAUGAAGAUCGUCUCGAUAAUGAAGAAGGGGCACAGGCUGCCGCUCCAGACAGUGAGGGUUCGGGGUCGAGUCAAAGAAGCAGUCUGGGGAACAACCGAGGUUUUGCCCAGAAGGUUCAUCGGCACACAGCGAAGCAGAAACUCCGGCAGCUUCAGGAGCUGGUGGCCAUGGUGCAGAGUGAUGACACUGAUGGCACAACAGCUAAUGAAGAUGAAGCUUUACACCAACAGCCAAAUAAUACCAGAGCGACUGUGACUAGGUCUCUGGGGGCCGGAUCAAAACAGAAUCCCAGAGACCUCACUCUGUCCAGCAAAGCCAGGGAGAAGCUGUACGAGGAGAAGCUGCGUCAGCAGAAGCACGAGCUGAAGCAGCUCCAUGAGGAGCGCCAGAGGCUCAUUGAAAUCCAGGGCAAGAUCCACGACCUGCAGUGGGCUUGCCCUGACAUCCAGUCGUCUGUGUCCAGCACCCUGAGUCAGCAGGGCUUACUGAGGAAGGUUCCAGUCGCAGUUUCCACUCCAGCCACUGUCCUGCCCUCCUCUGGACCCAAAACCAACUCAGCUGUGCUCAAACCCACAGCUCCAGAAGCAGCUUCCCCUUCAGUCACUGACAAUGAGCAGCUAUGGUCUGAGAUGCGUCGCCACCAGAUUUUGCGGGAAGAACUGCGUCAGCGCAGAAAGCACCUUGAGUCCUUGAUGGCUGAACACCAGAGGCGCAGCGGUCAUGGUGACUCCCCCAGGCGGAUUGAUGACUCAGAAGGCCUAGCUUCACCUUCACAGCCUGUCAGUAGGGAUGAAAGGACAAUGGCUACCUGGGGUUCCACUCCCUGCCACCUAGAUGAUGAUGAUGAGGAUGACGAGGAUGAUGAUGAUGAGGAUGAAUAUCACUCUGAGAUCGGUGCAGAGGAGGAAGAGGAGCAUGAAGAAUGUGCAGAGAGCAGCUCCGAUGACGACAUCCACAUCUACUCAUCCAGCAGGAACCAGUGUUCCUACACUAACCGGAAGAAUCAAGGAAGCAACCUGAAGCCCCCUCCAGCCUUCUCAGGUGAAGGCAGUGGGAAUCCAUCUCUUCAGAACAAGGCUAAUGCUAAGCAGCAGCAGCAGCAGUCCAGGAUGAUGAACCAGUCUGCGAGCAGCCAGCAGGGAGGAACACGGCGACAAGAGAACCUGCGCUGGGCCUCUGAGCUGUCCAUCGCUGAGGGCUCGACUCAGUGGCAGGAACAGGUCAGCCAGCUGCAGAGACAGCUGGACUUCAGCACCAGCAUGUGUCAGACACUGCUGCAGGACCAGCAGACACUCUCUUAUAUGUUGCAAACCCUGCUGACGGGUCAGUACAGUGUGUUUCCCAACAACGUGUCCUCACCACAGGUCCACCUGAUCAUGCACCAGCUCAACCAGUCUUACACCCAGCUGGCCUGGCAGCAAAACAACGUACAAAGGCUAAAGCAGGUCCUGAACGACCUCCUCCGCCAGCAGCAGCAGCAGCAGCAGCCGCAGCAGCAGCAGCAGCAGCGGCAGCAGCAGCAGCAGCAGGCUUCCCCUUCAGCAGCAGGUUGGCAGACCCAGAAGCACGGCUCGUCCCAGGAGUCCAGCUCCGGCCCCUCAGCCUCCCCUGGUGGAUUCCUCCCCUUCGCAUCUAACCUGCAGCCUUCUACCAACAACAUGUCCACUGCUGCCUUAUCCCCAUUCCCUCCCAGCUUUAACUUAUAUCCACUCUUCCCUGCUCCCAUGGGCGAGUACCUGCAGAGUGCAGCAAGUCAGCCAAACCCCGACCACCGGAAGCAGCAGCUCGACCCCAACGCCUCCACCAAAACAGAGUAUAUGAGUUUCCCUCCUCCACUGCAGCGCUCUCCUCUGAACACCACAGCAGAGACGGGAGCGUCUGGCUGGCUUAAUACGUCAUACGUGAACAACACCGUCCAGCAUCACCAAUCUAAUACGGAGCACCAAGACUCUCCCUCCUCCUCCCCCAUUUUUGCCAGCCGCCAUCCUAGACGUCAAGAAUUUGACAGAGCAUCACAGGAAAGCUUCAGCAGCAUGCCUGACCCUGUUGAUCCCACCACCAUCACAAAGACCUUUAAGGCCGGACGCAAGGCCUCUGCCCAGGCCAACCUGGCCUCAAGAACCAAGACACCCAACUCUAAGAGCCGCCGCAGGAGGAGCAAAGGGCUCAAGAACACUGAAGGCCAUGAGAGUGACAGUGUGAGCAGCACUGCAGACUUUGUCCAGGAGAGGGCGGCCCUGUCCCGUCAGAAGGAGCAGAACAAGAGUCUGCUGGACAAGCUGACCCAAGAGAAACUGGACAGCAAAUCUAAUCUUGGGAGCAAACGAAACGACCUCUCCUCUGCCUAUGCUUGGAGGACACCCUUCCUCUCUAACAGAAUUGCAUGCACAGAAGCCCCAGAUGCAAGCAGCGACUUCUCCCUGUUCGAGGCGCUGAGGGAGACCAUCUACUCUGAAGUGGCUACUUUAAUAUCCCAGAAUGAGUCCCGUCCACAUUUCCUCAUUGAGCUCUUCCAUGAGCUGCAGCUGCUCAACACAGACUACCUACGGCAGAGGGCUCUGUAUUCCCUACAGGAUAUAGUGAGCAGACACCUGUCAGAGAAGAGUGCAGUGGAGGAGCUCCCCCCCCUUGGCCCUGUGGUGUGGGCUGCCGGCUCCCAGUCUGAGCUCACACCCAGUGAGAGUCUGGCCACCAGUGAUGCCGAGGUGGUGGAGAAAAACCUGAGGCUCACACAGGACAGGAUGAAGAAAAGGGAUGAUGCAGAAUCUGUGGGCAAUGACAGCAACAUGUCAACCUCCUCCAACCUCGAGCCAUUUGCUAACGAUGACCUGGGCAACACAGUGAUUCAUUUAGACAAAGCUCUGGCCAGGAUUAGGGAGUAUGAGCGCAUGAAGCUUAAAGCUGAGUUUAACCCCUGCAACGGCAGUUCUGCGGGUGCAGGUGAACUCUCAGUUGCUGAACAACCUUCCGCUACCCUUGCUGCCCCACUGGAAGGAGGUGCAGCUGGUGAUGUGCGCUGCCCUCAGAUCGACACACAGCAGUUGGACCGGCAGAUCAAAGCCAUCAUGACAGAAGUCAUUCCUUUCCUUAAGGAGAACAUGGAUGAGGUGUGUUCCCUCCAGCUGUUGACAUCUGUGCGGCGCAUGGUCCUCACCCUCACCCAACAGAACGAUGAAAGCAAAGAGUUUGUCCGCUUCUUCCACAGACAGCUGGGAGGCAUACUGCAGGACUCUCUCAGUAAAUUUGUCGGCCGUACUCUGAACGAAUGUGGCGAAGAUCUUCUGGUGGAGAUCUCCGAGAUCCUCUUCAAUGAACUCGCCUUCUUCAGGCUCAUGCAGGAUCUGGACAACAGCAGCAGCAUCGCCUUGGCAGCCAAACACAAGAAUAAGAAGAGGGCGGAGCCAUCAACCAGAGCAAGGCACAGUCCCAAGGAAAACACAGUAGCAGGUGCUGACAAAUCAAUGUCUCCGGCCUACACUGAUGAAGACAAGGACCAGGAUGAGGCUGAGCAGGAAGGAGCUACCAGCCUCCAGGAGCUUUACCUGCAGACGGAGAUGAAGAACAUCAGGAGCAGUGAAGCUUCAGAGGGGGAGGAGGAAGAUGAGGACGAGCAGGAUGGGCAGGGAAUCUGUCUGUCAAUCAGUCUUUCCAAAGCAGAGACUCAGGCUCUGACAAACUACGGCAGUGGGGAGGAUGAGAAUGAAGAGGACGAAAUCGAGGAGUUUGAAGCCGGGCCUGUGGAUGUCCAGACAUCUUUGCAGGCUUCUGCUGAUGGACAGGUGGAGCAGGAGGGGACGCUGCCCAGCCAAACCCAGGAGCCCCAAGCUGAACACAGGAGUUCAGAGAUCGAUGAUGAAAUGAACAACUCAGCUGUGACUGCAGAGCACCAUGACAUGAAGGAGGGCCAGAGUCCUGAGGAGGAGAGGAAAGAUGGGGCAGCUGCUGCCUCAGAAGAACGAUCUAAUGAAGUCUCCCAGGAUAAGGAGUCCAACACUACAAGCAGCCCUGAGUCAGACUCUCCCGUCAUGAUCAAUGUAGAUGAGAUGGGCUCCGGUAACACCAGUCAGAAAUCAGACGAGGAAGACUUUGUGAAGGUGGACGACGUACCGCUGCAGCUGACAGUCAUGUGUGAGGAGGAACUGCAGAAGAGGAUAGUGGAGGAGCAGCAGAAUAACAACCUGUCAGUAGAGAUCCUCAACGGGAACACUGAAUCGCUGACGGGGCUGGUGGGAAACCCGCAGGCGCUGAAGGAACCAGACACUGUCGGUGCCCAGAGCGUGUAAAGGUUUUUACAGAUGUCUCAAAAUCUACUAUUUUUCUUUUAGCAACACUAUGCUUGCACCCUCGAUCUGUUCUGAAUGUACGAUUGUUGAUUCUCUAUCUGCUAGUUCUAAUGAGCAAAGGCUCAAAAUAUCUGUUACAAGUUAGCUGUGACUCUCGACACACAACGGAUAAAACUACACAUAAUCAACACUUAGUUUAUUUUAUUCCUGAAUGUUUAUUGUGAUUUCUGGGUGAUCUGGGGAGGGGUUGUCUUUAUGCUGCUGCUGAUUGACAGUUAAGCCUCUGUCUGAAUCUUUAUAGUCCUGAAACUCCUGUUCAGAUUCGCCUUAGUCUACUUGGUUCUGGGAUUCAACACGAGUUCUGAUCUUUUUUUAAAAAUGUUUUAUUUGUCUUGGCCUUAUUGUUACACUUCUUUUCUGCACUUGAUUCCUAAUGAUAAAGAGAUUACAGUAGGAUUGAAUUUCAGUUGUAGCCAGGCGGAUUAGAGCGAUUCGUUUCCCCAGCUUCAACAUGUUUUCCUUUGUCAGAUUUGAUUUUUAUCCCUGUAAACACAUCUUUAUAUACUGUUCUGUUAAUGUUUCGCCUCCAUUGAUUUCCAUGUUAUUAAAAUAUUGACUACAGUAAUAAGUUUAAUAAUAAAAUGCUGGAACUUUAAAGAAUGUUUUGUACAUCAGACGUCCAGACAAAUAAUCCAUUGACAAAAUGUUGUUUUUGCAGACAUUUCAAUGAUCUAUUUAUCAUUUGUCCAAGAUCCAGCCUUUAAAAUGUGACAACUUACUGAUUUUCUUUCCCUAAAGAUAGUAAACCUAAUACUUUCUGGGUAGGGAACAUCUGAAGUCAUCGUCGCCUCUAGGAAAUUGUGGGAAGUGUUUCUCAUCAUUUUAUGGACGACACAAAGUAUCAAAUAAUUGGGAAAAUGUUCGUUAAAUUUGUCAAUGAAAAUAUCCAUUGGAUGCGGCCCUGUUGAAAAUAAUAUCUCACAUGUUUAAAAACAAACACCAGAAAUGCAAGUAGAAACUUAAAUUUCAAAAUCAUUUUAUUAACCAUCUUUUAAAAAUAUACACAGUGCAGGACACCUUUGAGGUACAUUUGUCAGUAUCAGUGUCCAUGUGGGGAGACACUACCUGUAAGUUAGUUCUUGAUAUGUUAACUUGCAACCCGUAUAAAAUAAAAACUCAAAUCAGGGUCACAGUGUGGAGGCACAAGCUGGUGAGUAUGGGCUGCAUUCGUGGCAUCAAACAUAACAGAAGUUUGCAUUCAUUUUAUUAACAAGCGUUUUUCUCCGGGCUCCCUACACCCAUGUUGAGAUUCACAUGUACUCAUAAUGCAAAUAACACAUUACAGUGAAAAGCAUGUGAGGUAAAAUAUACACACACGAGUUUGAUUCGCUCAUCUAUCAAUUUCCCUAAAAAACUAAGGAUUAAGUCAUUUUAGUAAAGCUUUAAGGAAUACUAAAUCACCUGGAAAACUAAACAUAACGACAAACUUUGGUUUAUUUCUUUCUGUGCAAACAUUUAAAAAGGAGCAACCUCAACUUCUGACCC